ACACCCCAGAAGAAGAAGAAGAAAUCUUUUGGACAAUUUACGGUUUCACCCAACCAACGAUUUUCUCAUGUGGUUCAUGUUUUUCUGGUGAUAAAUGUGAAUUGCACGAUUAUGUACCUCAUUUCCGUCGCAAAUGUCUACUUUUCGAGUUAUGCCUCUUUUCAAGUUGUGGUGCAUAAGGAGGAAAAGUCCCUGGGACUGAAGGUCUCCUGGGCCAAAACCAAGGUCCAGUCAUUUGGAGGCUUGCUGGAUGACACAGUUCAGUCUGUCCAUGCAUGUGGUGAGAAUGUCAAAGCUACCAAAAGCUUAACAUACCUUGGGAGUAGAGUGCAUACCAAUGGUGGCUCUCACCGGGAAGUCAGUUGACAGCUUUGCCUUGCCCGUGGUGUAAUGGACUCGCUCAAUACAGGUAUAUGGCGUCAAUAUCUAUGCAUGUGGACAAAGAUUCAAACUGUGGUCCCUGUCUUAUUGUACGGCUGUGAGACAUGGGCAUUGAAUAGUGACUUGGAGAGGUGUGUUGAUGCCUUUGGUACCAAUUGCCUUCACUGGAUUAUGGGGUAUCGCUGGAAUGACCAUGUCGAACCAGUGAUUACUGCAUGAAACUGAAUUGAGACCUGUUACCAGCUUAGUCUGUGAACAUCAACUCCAGCUAUAUGGGCAUGUGGCACACCUCCCAGAUAUUGAUCCUGCUCACAGGGUUGUUUCUGUACAAGACAAUCUUGAGUGGAGUAGACCAAGAGGACACCAUCAUAACUCAUGGCUGGGGCAAGUCACCCAAUCCUGCUGGGAGGGACUCUCGGGAUGGACAGGACAGCUGUAUGGGGGCUUGCUUGAAAGGACCACAGGGAAUAUGGACGACAAGUGAGUGAAGCGACUUACCCCUGGGCAUAUGCUCCCCAUUAGUUAGUUAUAUAUAAUGAACCCCAAAACCUAACGACUACAGAACAAACAGCCCCCAAAAUGCCAACCUGUGGUCAUUAUUUUUUUCCACCAACUUCUAUGAAAAAGAGUCCAAUUGGGCAGGUAAGUUGCCUACCUGGCAACCCUGCUGACAAAACUGGCAGCUGGGUCGAGGUAGGCCCAGGUCAUUAAUGGCUUACAGUGCUCUUUUAUUCAUAUUUCCAUACACAUGAUGUCCUUCUUAAAACUAAUCAAUUUAUUUCGUAUUCAUAGAUAUAUUCUUUUGCAAUAUAUUUUCAUAUAAUUUUGACUAUAUUUGCCCAUUCAAGACCUAUGAUGAAAGCCAGAUAAAGUGAUGAAAUGUUGAUAGCAAUGCUGUAAAACAUGUCUUCCAAAUUUCUGAGUAGCUGUAUAAAUAUCUUAUUAGUUUAGUUUACUGUUCCAUACUGUUCCAUUACUGAUUCAUAGUAUGCCGACUGACAACAACUAAUGAUACAGCAUGAAUUGUAUCACAUAUUUAUCAUAAACACUUGAAUCUAACCAAACUAAAUUUAACCUUACUCAACCUGAUGUGAUCUGACUAAAUGUAACCUUACCUGAUAUAUGCUUUGCUGCCAAAAUGUGAUAGGUGGAAAUAAAUCCCUUGAUAUAUCCCCCCCAGAUCAUAUUUUAAGAAAUUAUCUCAUGAAUGAGUGAUUUGUGACAACAAAGGAGUACAGCAGUGUGUUGUAUGUGCACCAUGUACUACUUCAUAAAACACCAAAUUGUCCUUCAAGUGAGACUGAUGUAUACUUCUGGAAUGAUACCCAAAUUUGAGAGCAGAAAUCAAAUCAAAUCACACCUCAAAACCUCUUGGUCAUGUUCUGUUUUGAGAUAAAUGGAGAAAGUCAGAUGAAUAUUUAGAAUUACUAUAAAUUUAAAGUUGUGGAGGUAUUAAUCUAUUUUAGUACCCAUCACACUCCUGAGCUUGAAUUUUUUUUAUUCUGAUAGAUCUGAUCAUAUUAUUAUCUUUUGGUAAAUAUCUAUAACUUCACCCGUUGCACAAUGGUAUACGAACUACUUAUUUCUGUAGGGAAUAUGUAUCGUACCGUAGAUUACUGUUGCCCACUCUGCCACCGCAGACAACAAUGCCACAUCACAAAAUGCAUCACGUAUUUAUUGUGAACACUUAAACUAAAUAUAAAUCGAACUUACUAUCUGACUGCCCACUCUAAGAAUGAAGUACUGAUAUUUUGCUGAAGAAUGUGCCUUAUGCCUGUGUCUAUAUCAUUUCAUUUGUCUAUCUUGUAUAAUUCAUCAGGGCCUAAAACCCAUACAAUUAUGAAAUUACUUUUCUUUUAUGAUGCAUAUCUGAUAAUUUUCACUGUAUACAUAUAGAUUGGUGGUGUGCUGCCUUAUUGUAAAAAAUGGACACUGCCAGUUCAGGCAAGUCAUCACCACUGCACGUCAGGACACCACUCAUACCCAGCAAUGCAUUGUCGUCUGCUUGCAGCCAACAAGUCCUGCUGAAACUUGAGAAUACCCAACCUUCGGGAUCCUUCAAGAUCAGGGGUAUUGGACAUUACAUUCAAAAGAGCAUUGGAAAAGGAUGUGAUCAUGUGGUCUCAUCAUCAGGAGGUAAUGCAGGAAUGGCAGCAGCUUACUCCUCCAAGAUUCUAGGAGUUCCAGCCACAAUAGUCAUUCCGAAAUCCACUCCAUCAGUAAUGAUUUCAAAGCUAGAAGAAGAGAAAGCAAAUGUCAUAGUACAUGGUGAAGUCUGGGACAUGGCCCAUAAGAAAGCAGAGGCACUUGCCGAAGACGAGAAGUGUUGCCUUGUUCACCCAUAUGACCACCCAGAUAUUUGGGAAGGCCACAGCACAAUAGUGGAUGAAAUACUGGAGCAGAGUCCUGAGAGGCCCGCUGCUAUUGUUACCUCUGUUGGUGGUGGUGGUCUGCUGUGUGGCAUCCUGAAGGGUCUACACAGGCUUGGUGCUUCUGAUAUUCCAGUCGUGAUAAUGGAGACCGAGGGUGCACAUUGCCUAAGAGCUGCUUUAGAUGCUGGAAAGCCAGUUUCUAUUGGUGACAUUACCAGCAUUGCCAAGACUUUGGGUGCACUGUGUGUGACUCAGGGUGUCUUUAGUCUAAAGGAAGGCAUUCAACUAUCAUCCAAUGUCAUAUCUGACAAACAAGCUGUUGAGGCAUGUAUCAGCUUUGCAGAUCACCAUCGAAUGCUGGUGGAGCCUUCCUGCGGAGCAGCCUUGGCAGCUGGAUACUCAGGAGUAAUUCAUGGUUUGAUAGACAGUAACUUUAUCAAGAAGAAGGGACCAAUAGUUUUUGUUGUGUGUGGAGGUAACAUUGUGUCGCUAGAUAACAUAGUCAGCUGGAAGAAGCAGUUUAAUAUAAAUUAGUAAGUCAUGUUAUCUGUACAGGGCAAUUAUAUAUAUAUAUAUAUAUAUAUAUAUA